CUUAUAAUAUUUCAAAAUGGCAUCAUAAUGAAAGUAUCACGGGUUAUUACAUUUAUUCUUCGACCAAAUUCUAAGCAAAGCAAAAAUGGCUAGUGCAGUGAUGACUUCUCUCCCACAAUUCAAUGGUCUCAGACUCAAACCAGCAUCAGCUUCUCCUGUCAAAAGCUUGGUAGCCGCUCAACCAAUGAAGCGUAAAGGGCAGGGAGCUUUGGGCGCACGCUGCGAUUUCACUGGCUCCCCAACGAAUUUGAUAAUGGUGACUUCAACUAGCCUGAUGCUGUUCGCCGGUCGGUUUGGUUUGGCUCCAUCUGCAAACAGGAAGGCCACUGCAGGACUAAAGCUUGAGGUGAGGGACUCGGGCCUUCAGACAGGGGAUCCUGCUGGUUUCACCAUAGCAGAUACAUUGGCAUGUGGGAGUGUGGGUCACAUUAUUGGGGUUGGCGUUGUACUUGGUCUCAAGAACAUUGGAGUCAUCUAAAUUUAAUUCUUCACAAACCUGUUAAUAACUAAAUAUUUUGUGUUAAACUCCAUCAAUCUGCAGUAGUAAUUUCUUCUGGCUUCA